CCUCCAUAUCAUGUGAUUCAGGUUGUUCCAAUCCCCUCCAUAUCAUGUGAUUCAGGUGUUCCAAUCUCCUCCAUAUCAUGUGAUUCAGGUGUUCCAAUCCCCUCCAUAUCAUGUGAUUCAGGUGUUCCAAUCCCCUCCAUAUCAUGUGAUUCAGGUGUUCCAAUCCCCUCCAUAUCAUGUGAUUCAGGUGUUCCAAUCCCCUCCAUAUCAUGUGAUUCAGGUGUUCCAAUCCCCUCCAUAUCAUGUGAUUCAGGUGUUCCAAUCCCCUCCCAAUCAUGGGAUUCAGGUGUUCCAAUCCCCUCCAUAUCAUGUGAUUCAGGUGUUCCAAUCCCCUCCAUAUCAUGUGAUUCAGGUGUUCCAAUCCCCUCCAUAUCAUGUGAUUCAGGUGUUCCAAUCCCCUCCAUAUCAUGUGAUUCAGGUGUUCCAAUCCCCUCCCAAUCAUGUGAUUCAGGUGUUCCAAUCCCC